AUGUGUCAUGCAGUUCGAAGAGAGAAGGGGAACAAGGGAGCCUUCCUGGUCAGGCUUUGCGAUGAAGUAGGUGGUGAGGCCAUCUGUGCGAGGACAGACAGCUGGGUCUCGAAGCUCACCUGCAUCUACUCUGCCCUCAUCCUGCACGAAGUCACGGAGGAUAAGAUCAAUGCCCUCAUUAAAGCAGCAGGUGUAAAUGCUGAGCCAUGCUGGCCAGGCUUGUUUGCAAAGGCUCUGGCCAAAGUCAACAUCGGGAGCCUCAUCUGCAAUGUGGGGGCUGGUGGACCUGCCCCAGCAGCUGCUGCUGCACCAGCAGGAGGUCCUGCCCCAGCCACCGCCACUGCCCCAGCUGAGGAGAAGAAAGUAGGUGAGAAAGAAGAAUCUGAGGAGCCUGGUGAUGAUAUGGGCUUUGGUCUUUUUCACUAA